AUGCAUAAUAAUUCGAGGAUACCAUCCUUAUCCUCCCUACCGCCGGUAAAUAAGAAACCGAAGCUAUCCUCGCCAAUACCGAUGUCCACCACUCUGAAGGAUGUAACUAAUAAAAUGAUAGGCAUACCAACUGAAUCAAUGACGACACCAACAUAUAAUAAUAAGCUGACUUAUGGUAAUGAUGAUUUGAUGGAGACGUUUAAGAAAAGAGAAAGGAAACUAAUGAAGGGAAUUAAUUAUUUAAAGAAUGGAAUCAUUGAAAUUGAGAAGGAAAUAAUACGAUGUCAAGAUUUUGAAAUACCUGAUACUUACGAUCAAAUCGAUGGGAAAGUUCAUGAUAUUAACCUUUUGAAAGAGACAUUGUCACAUUUGAUCACGUCAUUGGAUGCCAAGGAGAAUGAAAUUGAUGCCUCAAUGAAGAAUGAAGAGAUGAUUAUUUGUAAUUUACAAAUGAAAUUUUCUAUUGGUGUACAAGAGUUAGAAAAUGAGUUGAACCAAGUGUUAUAUGACGAGGAUAUGAAAUGGGAAAGAGAAUUGAAUGAAGUAGAACGAAUGAAACCUGCUCAGGACCUUCAAUUAGAGAUGGAUGAACUAAAUUUGCAACUAAAUGAUGCGAUGAAAGAGUUCCAUUCCAUUACUAAGGAGAAUGAGCAUAAAUGUGCCUUGUUUUCCAAUGAAUUAGAAGAAGAAUUUGAAAAGUUUAAAAAUGAUAAGAAUAAACCAAUGCUUGAUCUACGACAUCAACAGGAAAAGCUUAGGAUAAAUGAAGAAACCUUGACCAAACAAUCCAUGGCUCUAGAGUCUGACAUUGCUGACAAUGAGGAACAUAUCGAGAGCCUAGAAAAUGAGAUAUCCAAGGUAGAGAAGUUAAUAACUGAGACAAAUAAAUUAAAUAUUACACUUCGACACAACGUGACUACAUUCAGCCAUAAAUAUAACAGAGAAUGUGACAUCACAAAGAAAGUAGAGGAUAAGGCAUCCAUUCUUGGAAUUACCUUUAAUGAACAGAAUCAAAAAAUGAUAUUUGAAAAGAUAACCAGAAGGAAAUUGGAAAAUACCAUUGAUGAAAGGCGUGGUUCUGUACGAUGUUUUGCAUAUAUCGAUAAGGAAACACUUCCAUCCUCAUACAGAAUCAAUUACACUGAUAGACGAAUAUCUAAUAUUCAUACCAACGAGUCAUUCUUUCUCAAUAAAAUUAUUGAAAAGCAAAAUUGCACUAUCGAGGAGUUUUUCCACAAUGAACUAAGAGUGUAUCAAGACAUGUGCCUGACGAAAAAUAUGGAUUUUACUCUUAUAACGAUUUCAAAAAAUGAAUUAUGGAGAAGUAAUCUCAUAAGCUUUAUUUCAUCAACAUAUCUUGCCCAUUAUCAUGUUGAUAUGCAACAUGUUUUCAUUGAGGAUAACGAAUGGGUUACUGUCCAUGAUAUGAUUAAACCAAUGGAUACUAAUCUCCCUAAUAUUCGUUAUGAUAGAUCAGAAAUUCAAUUGGGAACAAACUCUUUCAGUCUUGAACAAGAACAAGAACAAGAACCAAGGUUAAUUACAGAACAACCUUUUACUUCUAAUGGAGUUCAUUUAUUAAAGCUGAAAUUUAUCCAGAGAUCUAAUGGAAGGUCCAUCAAUUUCUAUUACGUCCAACUUAGUGGCGAAGGACUUCCUAAACGAUUGCAAAAAGUAAUGUCCACGUCACCAACUGAUCUACUAGAUGAACUACUUCAAUUUUUGACAGGCAAGACCAAAUCAUGUUUUUUGUUGGAUAUAGAAAAGGAGUCCGACUACGGACCUUAUCUUGAUCUCUCCUCCCGUAUGUUCCAGGGUGAUCAUUCAAGAAAACAGCCCACGAUAGACGCAUAA